GCUAAGCGUCGAAAAACAUGGGACUUCUAGAAAAAUCUCGAUUUAAAUGAUAUUUCUAAUCAUUUCACAACGGUUUUCUGUAACUCGUGACGCCAAUGAAUUGACCAAGACUAGUUAGAUUGCUAUUUAUGUAAAUUUGAUUCGGUUAUUUAACCACAAUUAUGGAACAAGACGUCGAUCUGCCGAGGGUGAAGUUCGACCCUGACGCUGGUAUUGAUAGUUCUGAAAGUCAGCGUGACUGUGACAGCGAUGGAUCCAUGGUCAAACCCAAGAAGAAUGCCGCUGAUCGAGAGGAAUCGCCUCCAAGAGUUACACGAGAUGUGAAGUCAACCGCUGUCGUCAAAUACAGCAAUGUUCAAACUGUUGCAAACUUCUCUAAGCUUGAAGAAGAUACUGACUUAAAACUACCGCCUGCAAAUUGGUUGCGUAGUGGUGCUAAUGUUACUGUCCAUAAUACAAUGGGAACAAGCAAAACUAAGUUUUCUAGUUUUGGUAUGGCCAAUUCCUGCCCUGAUACUGUGGGUGAUGUGGACGUCAUAUCAGCUGCCGAGAACAUCAAGGACCUUCUCAAGAUUCCGUUCAGCAAGGGUCAAGUUAGCAUAGCGGUUCAUCGGAUUGGUAGAUCACUAUUUUUAGAUGAAUUUGAUGUUUAUAGACAUUUACGAUCAGCACCACAGAGUGGUAGAAAAUGGUUGAGGAACUUCAUACUACAGCAAAUAUUGAGAGAUAAUAAGAAAUUCACUAGAAAGAAGAAAACCAGAGAUGUUUUGCACAGUAGAAAUUUACUUUCUAAAUUCUUGUAUUACAGUAUUGACAGUGUACCCGAAUCGGAUGGCGCAUGUAAUAGUACGUAUACCGUGGAAGAACCGGACGAUAUAUCACCUGACCAAUCAUCAACGAACUCAUCAUCCCAUACUAUCAAGGAUGAUAUAUCGUUUUCAACUGGUGAUAUAUCACAGUCCCAUCAAAGUGAAUUUGCCCGUCAAGUUUUAUGGCAAUUUGAAGACAUCCAGAUGCUGAUAGGAACUGACUUACCUAUAUUUGGAGGUGGUCAAUAUCCUGCUGUCAGUCUCAGGCUAAGAGACAUGAGUAAACCGAUCAAUGUGCUCACUGGAUUAGAUUACUGGUUAGACAAUCUAAUAUGUAAUGUACCCGAGUUAGCCAUGUGUUAUCAUCUUGAUGGCAUAGUCAAGAACUAUGAACUGUUGAGAACGGAGGAAAUCCCGCAAAUUCCGGAUUCGCAAUUUUCACCAACGGUUGUCAAAGAUAUUGCACAGAAUGUGCUUUCAUUCCUGAAAUCAAACUGCACAAAAGAAGGGCAUACGUACUGGUUGUUUAAAGGUAACAAUGAUGACGUUGUUAAGUUGUACGACUUGACGUCACUGUGUUCUGAGAAUGACGUCAACAAUACGUGGGAUAAUCCAUUCGCUGUGCCUGUUGCAUUGCUGUUGUAUAACGGAUUGGUCAACUAUUUCACAGUUACUAAAGAAUUGUUUGAGUUUGUUAGACAAAGACAAGAAUCCGCAGGUGCUGUUUCUAGUGUCUUAUCAACCUCAGCUGUUGAGAAGGAAGGACAGGGUUUACUGGAAUCUAUUCUUUCGCUGUGUGGUGAUGUACAUGUUAUGUUGGCUGCUAGCAGUUCCGAUAAUCUCAUUUCACACAAGGAUAAUUUUCUACAAUCACCUGAAUAUGAGAAGUUUAUCAUGCAGAGUGUCCAGAAAGAAGUUAAUUACAAUAAUUUUGAAUGGGCAUCAUCUUGGUCUAUGGAUGCAGCUGGUUUCCUAGCAACCAGCAUCCGUUGCUAUGAGUUUUCUGUAGAGUUGCUAUGUGAUGAUAAGGAGAAUGCAGACUGUAUUAUAAACAUCACAAGGAGACUGGCAAAUUCAAGAAAUGAACUUGGUAAAUUGUACAUGAAACAAGCUGUAGAUCUCGCUGCUGCUGAUCAAAAUGAUGAUGAAAUUCCUAGUCAAGAAGAACAGGAGCUGUGGAAAAAGAGUUAUAGUUGUUUUGACAAUGCCAUUCAGUCAUUUGAUGCUGUACAUGAUAGUAUUAAUCAAGCGUUAGUUAAUUGUAAUGCUGGAAGACUAAUGAGAAUAUGUGCACAGGCUUACAACAUUGGUAGAUUUAGUCAACAAGAGAGACACUACUACAAUAAG